UUGGGACUAUGGCUGCUUCACAGCCCUCCCCUAAUGGCUGAGUUUUUUUCAGUUUUGAUGCAUAGGUAGGUUUGUUCGUCUACUAAGAUGGGGUUCAAUUUAGGUCCUGUGCAGAGUUGGAGACUGUGACGUGCCUUUUUGAGUUCAUGGAAGGAGCAGAAAUUGACUGCAAGGAUGAACCUGAGGUCUGGGACCCAGCAGCCUAAGGUUCUAGCCUAGGACAGGAGUGGGAACUCUAACCACUUCCGGGCUCCACUCACCGUGGAAGGCCAGUUCGUCAGCCGCUGCCAUGAUUCUUUGGAGGUGUCACCGCAUCGCACUCUGUGGACAGAAACGCAUCAGUCCCACAGCCCUCCCCAAGACUGACGCUUCCGUUUAGACUCCUGCAUGGAGCCUAACACGCGAAGUGGAGCUUCAGCGCCAAGCCAGAUCCCUGUAGAUGCACCCCACCUUCCUCACCUGAGGCUACCUAAGCUGGCGUGGCUCUUGCUCCGUGCGCGUGCGCGCCGCCCGCCUACCCGUCAGAGCCCACCCUUCUCGACGCAACGGCAACAUCCGGCACUAGGUCCGUCUCCUACUGUCUUCCAGUGGGAAACUACUUCCUGUAUCUUGCGCUUGCGCAGGAGUUCCUCUCCGGACUUUUUCAUUCCGACGCUAUACAUUUCCACUCGGCUGAGGAACCUCCGGAAAAUGAUGGUGACAGCAGCUCUUAAGAGAUUCUGGUCCCGUGGGCGCAGUGAAGCGGGAGGAGAGGCAAGUGGUGCCACGACCGUGGUGGUUAAGCCAGGGGUGUGGACGCGACUGGGCACCUGGGCCCGCUCACUGCUUCGGGAUUACGCCGAGGCGUGCGGAGACGCGGCGGCUGCGGCGCGAGCUCGACCGGGCCGCGCGGCGGUGUACAUGGGACUGCUGGGCGGUGCUGCAGCGUGUUGCGCGCUGGCGCCCAGCGAGGCGGCAUUCGAGGAGGCUUUGCUUGACGCAUCAGGUUCUCUCUUGCUGUUGGCGCCGGCCACACGCAACCGCCACUCGGAAGCGUUCUUGCAGCGCCUGCUGUGGCUGAGGGGCCGCGGACGGCUGCGGCACGUGAACCUGGGAUUCUGUUCACUGGUUUACGAAGCGCCCUUCGACGCCCAGGCCAGCCUCUACCAGGCCCGCUGCCGCUACCUGCAGCCACGCUGGGUCGACUUUCCGGGCCGGGUCCUUGACGUGGGGUUCGUGGGCCGCUGGUGGAUCCUGGAGAACCGCAUGCAUGAUUGCGACAUCAACGACGACGAGUUUCUCCACCUGCCUGCGCACCUCCGCGUCGUCGGGCCUCACCAGUUGCACUCUGAGGCCAAUGAGAGGCUGUUCGAGGAGAAGUACAAGCCGAUUGUACUCACCGACGAUCAAGUGGACCAGGCGCUGUGGGAGGAGCAGGUGCUACAGAAGGAGAAAAAGGAUCGGCUAGCUUUGAGCGAAGCUGAUUCACUCGUUCAGUCCGAUGUUUCCAGAUGAAACUGAAGGCUGCCCCCAGGUCACCAGGCACGGGCAAACUGUUGGCCACGGAUGGUGCAGUUGGUGAGAUGUAUAGAGAGAAAAUACCCUCAUUGUGACUUUAUUAUGCUUAUCGCCCCAGAACCACUAGUAAGGAACCUGUGCUGUGUAGCCUUUGCAACUCGGGAUGUACUUCAAGGGUAGAGCAUUUGUCUAGCUUGCCUUGGUUCCUGGCUUGCAUUUCCAGCACUGCAAAAGCAGAACAAAAAUGGGCUUUUGGUUUUGGGGUUUUUGUUUAUUUGGUUGGUUUGUGAGACUGUGACUCCCAUAUGCCCAGUCUGGCCCUGACUCCUGCAUCAGCUCUAGUGCACCGCAGUGCACUGCCCACGCAUUUGUCCUGUUCAUUUAUGGGGCUACAAAGACGUCCUGAGUGCCAGUGACUCCCAAGAUCCUAAGACCAAUCCCCUAAACCCUCUUUUGGUAGUGUAUAUCUGUGAAUUUUUUUGAGGAAGAUCUGUGUUUCCCAAGCUAGUCAAAGAGUACUGACUGUUCCUUCCUUUGGAGAACCUUGAUUCAGUUCUCAACAGCCUGAUCUGUAACUCUAGUUCAGAGAAUCUAACGUACUUGGGUACUAGGCAGGCACAUGGCGGUGCACAGACAAAACAUCCACGUACAUAUUUUAAAGAUCCUCCUAAAUCACCUCCCAAGAUUGUGACUAAAGUCGUGUGCCAGCGUGCCUAACCUCCGAUUUUUCUUUUUCAGUUGUAGCUGAAAUGUAUGUGUUUGAGGCUUUUGUUUGUUGUGUUUUUUGGUUUGUUUGUUACACUGGCUUCCACAGAACUGGCUAUGAAGAACAAUCUGCCCUUAAACUCAGAGGUUUGUCUGCUUCUCAGAUUGGAUUUUUUUGGUUUGUUUUGUUUCUGAGAAGUGGUCUCACAGCCCAGACCAGCCUCAAACUGUAUAGCAAAGGAUGACUGAAUAAUGGAUCCUCUUGCCUACACUUCACAAAUGAAGUGAAAUGUUUCUGUUGUGUGGUUUUUAUUAUUGUUGGGUACUUGGGCUAGAUAUUAAAUCCAGGGGCUUGUACAUACUAGGCAAGCACUGUACCCCCAGUCCUUGGGGUUUUUGUUUUGUUUGAUAAUCUUAUGUGGUCCUUGAGGACCUUUGACCUUGCUUGUCUUAACUAGUAAUGUUGUAUAUUACUGUCAGUGCAGGAGACAGAUGCAGAGGCAAACAAAUUUUACUGUAUAUAUGUGUGGCAGCAAUUGCAAGCAUGGUGGAAGGCUGGAACAUGUUCUGAUUCGAGAGUGUACCUGCAGUCAUGUGUCAUUAAACUGCAGGGACCUUGGAAACAGUUGGAAAGGAACAGGAUGGGGCACAUGGGUUGGACCUUUCAAGCUAAAAUCUUAGGGAAGCAAAACUACCCAUGUCAGGUGGACUGUGGCUUGUCAAUAAAAGCAGGAGAUGAAGUAGUCA